GUUCCACUCAUCUAUCCUCUACUCCCCCCCUCUUCACUUAUAAAGUAUUGUUGAACAAACAUGGCAUUCUUUGGACUACGAGCUUAUCCUACACCUAUUUUAAAGCCAAUGUAUCCUUUCUUUUUAGGAGGUGCUGUCAUUUUUUACGGAACAUACAAACUUCGUAAUACUCUUCUUGCCGCGGAAGAAAAGAAGGAUGAGAAACCUGCUUCUGGUCAUUAAUGAAUGCACCUUUCUCUCUGUGCUCUUUUGUCUCCGACAAUGAAGAGAAAUCAUCGUUGAAUUGAUUAACGAUAACUAUAAGUUGAAAUAACAACCCAAUGUAUUUCUCUUUCUUUACCAUAUUCGUAUACGCGCUUGCUCCAUAAAGGAUUCCUGAAUCUGUGUUUCGUUCUGUGUAAGUGUGU